AGUCUCUCCAUGUGCACGUCGCAAACUGUCAACAUUACAUCCGCCGACUCCUCUUUGGAAAGUACUAACCGUCAAAUAUGAAGGUCGUUGGAUCUACGUGCGCCCUCAAGAGCAGCAAAGUUGGCGGCGAGGACAUGGUCCGCUGCUUGUCCGAGCAGAGCCUCGCCAUCUCCAAGUGCAAGAUCCCGCUGUUGGACGAGCAGAUGAGCGUCUUCCUGCACGACAUGAACAGCUGCUACAGCAAGCUCAAGGAGCUCGUGCCCACCUUGCCUACCAACAAGAAGGCGAGCAAGGUGGAGAUCCUGCAGCACGUCAUCGACUACAUCUGGGACCUGCAGGUAGAGCUGGACGAGCCGGAGAAGAGCCGCCAGCAAGUCGGUGGAGUGCAGUCUCGCACGCCGCUCACCGCGCUCAACGCGGAGCUCGCCAGCAUCACCGUGGAGAACGGAUGCUCGGAUGACAGAAUUAUGUGCCGCUAAGAGCUUCACGGAGCAUCUGGAGCUUCAACAAGGCUUUUCCGAAGAUGUCAAGAAAACCUUGAACUGCUUAAUGGUGGGCGCUUCACACCCCCAGGAAAAGCUAAAAGCGAGAAGCGAUGCAUGGACGUCCUCGACUAUGGAGAGGACGUCCAGCAAGAAGUCACUCGAGGCUCUCGAUUCAUCAGAGGGUUCAUAGAGAGAAGAACUGAACGGACUGGGCUGGCCACUGCAAGGGACCGAGAUGAGUUGUGUCCAGCACAACCAGCAGAACCUGUUACAUGUUCUCUAAAGCUUCUCUUGACAUUCUUGUAUCAAAACUACAGUAUAUAGUAUAUAUAUUAAAAGAAAAAUCAUUCCACAAAUUUGUAUUUUUAAGAAAAUUCUCAGAUUCCUGAGCAACAAACUGUAUUGUAUAUUACAAUGCCACAUUAUGUGUGAAGAUAUUGUUUUCUUACAAUGUACAUUUUAACUGUGUUUUUUAUUAAAACAAGAAUUAU